UUUGACGUGUAAUUUGAAUACAGCAGAGCUAGAAUAAUAUUCUUUAAGGCGAAAUCGAAAUAUAUUCCCAAAAGAAAAAACACCAGUAAUAGAAUAGAAAAACAAACUGUAUUUUGAUAUAAAUAGUAUGUGUUUUAUAUCGUUUAUAUUGACUAAAUGAUAAUUCGUAGACAACUUUGGAAAUAUACUCAUAGCUCCGUUCAAUAUGGCUGAAGAAGAAAUCGAACAAUCCGAAGACGUUAGGGUCCAAAAGAAGGUCGGCAAACAUGAUGACGGUGCUGCCGAUCUGGAAAAGGUCACAGAUUACGUUGAAGAAGCCGAAAUAUCACCACAGAACAUAAGCGAUGCCAUGAAGGUCAUGAAUGAGAGGAAAGCUCGGGAACUCCAAGAAAAGCAAACACGAGAACGAGAAUUAUCGCAGGUGAAGAUAAACAAAGAUGAUGUUGAACUUAUUGUAAAUGAAAUGGAAAUAUCAAGGACAUUAGCAGAGAGGAAGUUACGGGAACAUGGAGGGAAUGCCGUCGAGGCAUUGAUUGAGCUAACGAACUGAUACGAUGUGCAAAACUACAACUUUUAUAUUGGCCCAUUAUAAGGUGUAUAAUAUGGUUGCAGCGUUACUGAAAUCGAACAGCUUGUAUAUGCAACUAUUCUGCAAAUAUAGAUGACUCAAUGGAGAACAGCUGCAGAUUGAUUUUUCCCUUUGGAUUGCUGGGCUGUAUUUUUUAUCUCAUUCCUAAACUAUUUUUUCAUACCCAGUGUUUGACAUUCAUUUACUUAAAAGAAACCUUACAAAAGUUGCUCCUGAUGUCAUGACAUUCUGUGACAUUCAAAUGAAAAAGGGGGGAACAGUAAUAUAAGACAUGUCAUUUUCAUACUUCAGUUAAGACCACACAAGUACCUUUAAACUUUAAAAGAAAAAAUGUAAGGAUUUGAGACAAUAAAACAAUAAAGUAAUUUAUAACAAUAUAGU